CUUGCACGUAGCACUCAGCCCAGCCCAGAUUUUCACACACGCACCAAGAGCAGAGUUCGGGUAAGAAACUACGUGGGAGGCAGCCAUGGAUUACCAUGAGCAGGUUGAUGAGAUCGUGUCCACUGCUGAGUUUGGAGACCUGAUCGAGUUCUCCUACCCCGUGGGUUUCUCGCACUGGGGCGUCUAUGACGGAGACGGAUGUGUUGUCCAUUUUGCUGUUGCAGAUGAGGGCCGGGUGAUGGGCACCGUACGUAGUCACCUGCAAUCCAUCGCCCCUGUAUGUGGAGACCUUCUUCUCGGAGCAACCAGAAUCCGCAGGAUGCCUCUUGGGGAGAUAAAUGUCCCGAAAGGAGCCCACAUCUUGAUCAGUAACAACCGACACGCCUUCAUGCCAUCAUCACCAGAAGCUAUGAAACAGCGCCGUGAUGCCCUUCUGGAUGAGAAGCUGCCGUACCGACUGUUCACUCUCAACUGUGAGCACUUCGCCACGUUUGUACGAUAUGGAAAAGCUGUGUGCAACCAGAUCGUUGGAAAAGCAAAGAAUGCAGAGUGUGUCGAUGCAACAAAGACAUUUCAGGACAUUGUUUCUUCCAAAUGCAAGGAGUCAUCUUUCGAUAACCUCCAGCAGGUUGAUAACAUUAUGUCCACUGCUGAAUUUGGUGACCUGGUUGAGUUUUCCUUCCCCAUCGGGUUUUCACACUGGGCUGUUUAUGAUGGAGAUGGAUGUGUUGUCCAGUUUGCUGUUGCAGAGGAGGGCCAGCUGAUAGGCACCGUACGUAAUCACGUGCAGUCCAUCGCCUCUGUAUGUGGAGACCUUUUUCUCGGAGCAACCAGAAUCCGCAGGAUGCCUCUUGGGGAGGUAAAUGUCCCGACAGGAACCCACAUCUUGAUCAGUAACAAUCGACACGCCUUCACGCCAUCACCACCAGAAGCUAUGAAACGGCGCCGUGACGCCCUUCUGGAUGAGAAGCUGCCGUACCGACUGUUCACUCUCAACUGCGAGCACUUCGCCACAUUUGUACGAUAUGGAAAAGCUGUGUGUAACCAGAUUCCAGGAAGACUGAAGAAUUUGGAAUGUGAAGAGGCAACCAAAGUUUUUGAAGACAUUGUUGCCAAAAAGGAUAUUUCUGAAGAACUUUGCACAUGAUCAUUUUGACUGUGUCAGUUCCAAGAGAAAAAUAGAUCAGUUGGUUUUGAAGUGAUUUAAAUACCUCUUAAUCAGUGUAUCAAACUAUAAUGAUCACAGCGUACAAGUGUACAGUCUGUAUGUGGCAACCCCCCCCCCCGGUCUCACACACACACACACACACACACACACACAGCGCAGAUUUUUGCUUGUCAACUUAAUGAUAAAUUCAUUCACACGGUCAUCAUUUCUUUGAGAACUGGAACAUUUGUUUUAGUGGCCACCAGAGGGCAGAUAUCACAUGAUACUUUACAAUUUAAAAUGGUGAAAGAGUUUCAGUUAAAUUUUGCUGCUUUGCAACCGCGUGUGCUGGGUGCAGACGGGUGUGCUGCGUGCAGACUGGUGUGCUGGGUGCAGAUCGGUGUGCUGAGUGCAGACGGGUGUGCUGCGUGCAGACUGGUGUGCUGAGUGCAGCCGGGUGUGCUGAAUGCAGACGGGUGUGCUGGGUGCAGACGAGUCGUGUUUACAGUCUCUAUUAGUCAGGGGAGUUUUGCGCUUCAAAUGUAUCAACCAAUCAGAGCGCGUCCCUUUACAGUGCACCAGGUGCACAGCCAUGAGGUGCUGAGGAUUUGUGGCUCGUUAACAGGUGACGUUCUCUGAGGUGAGAUGAAGCAGUACAGCAGCAAAGUGAGGCUUUUUUUUUCACUUUCAUUGUGUGUUUUGGGGCGUAGAGUAUCACCUGUCAGGGAAAAGGGGCAGAGACUGUGUUGUAUUUAUCAUGUUGCUGGUUUCACAGAAAGCUUGUAGAUUAAAUCUUUUAGUCAUUGUACCUCAGA